AUGCCUAUUCUGUGGAUGUCAGUAAGAACGUUUGUUGUCCAAAGAAACCCUAUUGCUGUCAUUAACACAUUACCAGUCUGGGGAUUGAAAUCACCCAUUGACAAAAGAUUCCAAAUUAAUGAUUCAAAUACAAGAUCUGGAUUGAGUGACGUUGAACUCCCAAGUAAUAGCAUUCUUGAUAAGAUAUCGAAUGAAAAUUGGGCUUCUAACGGUGCAGAGGACAUGUCUUUCAGUGACAGUACAAUGUACGCUGAUUCUGUGUUACGGAAAAGGAGAAAGAAGAUGAAGAAGCACAAGUUGAGAAAGAGAAGAAGGUCCGAACGAUCAUUGAAGAAGAGAUUGGGAUUACUUAAGUAA